AUGCCAUCCCAAUGUGUUGAUGGACAUCGAAAGCCGCCUAAAUACCUGAAUGCAGGAAAGAAGAAAGCAGCCAAGGUUGGCUUGCGUCGCAGUGUUACCUCUCUACAACAAACCCCACAUCAACAUGAGAAUAUUUCAAAUAUUAAAAGUUACGACAAGGAGAUCACUGAACAACAAGCUGUCAGUGAGCGAUACAUAAAAGACUACAGAAGCGAUCCAUUCGAGGAAGUUUUUGAUGAUGUCAUUGAUUCAAACUUUUUCUAUACCGAAAGAUCGAGUUUCAGACUCGGAAGGGAAGCUUCUGAGGGAAAUAUUGUUAAAGAAAAUGACAAUUUCACGACGUUCGUCUCGGAUGCUGAAUUUGCGACAUGGUCAGAGAGAUCUUCCAGCGUAUCUGAAGACAGUGAAGUAGGAACGCCAUACCAAGCUCUAGAAGAUAGCUUCGGAGCCAACUUGGCGAAGCUACAAAGUUAUGCAAGAGAAGAACCAUGUUCCGGAUUUGCUAUCAGCAGUGGCUGGUCGAGCACAUUCUUUCCUCACGAAACCGAACAAUAA